AUGAGUGAAGACACGAAUGACAGGAUAGGAGAGAAUAUGGAAGAGAUUAAUGAACAAUUGAAUGAUGUCCAAUUGGAUGCAUCAGAACAAGAAGAAGUGGAGCAUAUCCACAAUGACAACAAUGACGAAAAUGACAACAGUGAACAUAAAGGUGAACAUGAAGAGGAGGAUGAAGAAGAUGAUGAUUUUGACGAUUUCAAUGAAGCUGGUGAGAGCGAUGCUAAUCCGGACGACGAUGAAGAUGAUGAUUUUGGAGAUUUUGAUGACGUAGAAUAUGAAGAACCCAAAGAAGAACCACCUUCACCAAUAUCAACAACUACAACAAAUAUCCCCACCUUCGAUGAAGAAGUCCUUGCUGACAAAUCCCAAUUCAACGAGAAAUUAUCCCAUAUAAUAAAUGAACUAUUCCCAGUAUCCAACCUCCCCGAAAUCAUUAAACAAGACCAGCAAACAGAAUUACUUAAUGAAAGAUCUAAAACAAUCUAUGAACAAAUGUCAACCAUGCCAUAUUUACAUCCUCAUAGUUGGACAAAACUGAAAAUCCGUCAUAAUUUAUUAAUCAAAUUAGGAAUACCGAUAAAUCUUGAUGAAAUCACCGAUACUCCAAGUGCUCAAGGACAUCGACCACAAUUAAAUCCAAUACCUACAAGUACGACCACUAUCAGGCGGAAAUCAAUCGCGGCUGAAGAUAUCGAUUGGAAAGGAUUUGAAAUUCCCGAAUUUACCCAGUUGGGAAUUGACCAACAACAAAAAUUGGCCAUGUUGAAUCUGACGGUUGAUAGUUUGUCCAAGAUUGAAUUUGAUAAUUUGAAUAAUAUAAGUGUGGGAUAUUUGGAAAAUGCCCCGCCUGAAGCAAUUGAUGAUAAAUUGAUACAAUUAGAACGUCAUUAUCAAGAAUUAAUCCAAUUAAGUAGUUGUUGGAAACAGAAUAUUAAUGAUUUACAAAAUGAUUUUGAGAUUUAUGAAAAUGUGGUUCAGAGUUUUAUUGGAUAUAGUCAAAAAUUAAGACGAGAGGAAAUAUUGGAUAAUUUAAAAAGAUUAAAGAAUACAAAGAAGAAGAAAUUCUGGAAGUCAUAA